AUGUCGAACCGGGCAGCAAACAACUCUGGUAGCCAGGGGGCCCCAUCGCAGAACGGAGGACAGACCAACGGACAGACCAACGGACAUGCUUCGAGAGGUGCCAGCCCAGAACAAGCAAAUGAACUUCGCGAGUACCUCCGUACAACAAACUCCAACGACGCUCCUGUUCUCAACGGGCUCAUCGAGCUCAUCUCGAACGGAGAUGAGGAGUCUGUUUCCCGCAUCAUCUCCGUCAUCCGCACUGGUGCCUCGCAGGCCCAGAUCCUCGAUACUAUCAACCAUAUCAGGACCCGGAACGGAAACGGUGCUUGA